AAGAGGAACUGGUGGUUUUAGGAGAACUGUUGAAAUUACUGUUUCUACAACUGCUUUCUUUCCCAUCUUUCAGUUUGCACCGAGUGCACCGGCAGCUGUCGAGGCUGGUCUAGAGCUGGGGCUUGCUCUCUGAGCCAUGAACACCUUCAGGGUCGCCCUGUUGCUCUGGACUGUGGCAACGUGUGCUGGAGAGGACGAUCUUUUGCUGGAGCCGCCAAAUGAAACUGGAUUUCAAAAAUGCAGGGAUGCUUUGAAACUCCCCGUCCUGGAAGUCUUACCUGGAGGGGGCUGGGACAAUCUGCGGAACAUAGACAUGGGCCGCGUGAUGGAGCUGACAUACACUCACUGCAGGACCACUGAGGACGGGCAAUACAUCAUCCCCAAUGAAGUGUUCACCAUUCCUCAGAAGCAGAGCAACCUGGAGAUGAACUCAGAAAUCCUGGACUCCUGGAUGGAUUACAAGAGCAGUACCUCCUCCUCUAUUAACUUGGAUAUCUCCGUGCAUUCUAUAGUCAAUGGUAAAUUUUCUGCCGAGUUCCAGAGGAUGAAGACCCUUCAGGUAAAGGACCAAUCUGUGACAACCCGAGUUCAAGUCAGAAAUGUAAUCUAUACCGUCAAGAUCAACCCAGCCUCAGAGCUCAGCUGGGAGUUUAGGAAGGAGCUCAUGGACAUUUCCGACCGUCUGGAGAACAAUCAGACGAGGAUGGCCACCUACCUAGCAGAGCUCCUUGUCCUCAACUACGGCACCCACAUCAUCACCAGUGUGGAUGCUGGGGCCGCACUCAUCCAGGAGGACCAUAUCAAGUCCUCCGCUCUCCAGGACAGCCAGAGAAAUGCAAAGAGUGUGACUGCAUCUGCUGGAGCUGUCUUCUCAAAAAUCGUGAAUGCCAAGGUGGACAUUGGAUACUCCACCGAGGACAGCUUGAUCAAGGGUUACCUCUCCAAUCGGACCAACUCCAGGGUGCUGAGUCUCGGAGGCAUUCCAUUCCACCCAGGUAUCACUCUUGAAGUCUGGCAGCAAGGUAUCAACAACCAUCUAGUGGCAAUGGACCGGACCGGCCUGCCCCUGCACUUCUUCAUCAAGCCAAACCUGCUGCCUGAGCUGCCCAGGCCGCUGGUGAAGCAGGUAUCUCAGACGGUGGAAGAUGCAGUGCGUCGCUAUUAUGACUUCAAUACCUACCCUGGGUGCACAGAUGCCAGCUCUCCAAACUUCAAUUUUCAGGCCAAUAUGGAUGAUGGCUCCUGCAAUGGGAAGACACACAACAUCUCCUUUGGUGGAAUUUAUCAGGAAUGCACCCAAAACACAGGCAAGGACCUUGCCCUCUGCCCAAAACUGCAGCAGAAGAAUCCACUCACAGGUACAUUCUCCUGCCCCUCUGGCUACACCCCCAUCCGUCUGCUGUCUCAGACCCACGAGGAGGGUUACAACCACCUGGAGUGUAAAAAGAAGUGCACCCUCCACAUCUUCUGCAAGACAGUGUGUGAGGAUGUUUUCCAGGUGGCAAGGGCUGAAUUCAGGGCAUUUUGGUGUGCCGCCAAAGGCCAAGCCCCUGGACACUCGGGACUUCUCUUUGGAGGGCUCUACAGCAGUCGGAGUAUAAACCCUGUGACAAAUCAGCAGUCAUGCCCAGCUAGCUACACCACACUGAACCUCUUUGAGAACCUUAAGGUUUGUGUUACUCAAGACUAUGAGUUGGGGUACAAGUUUUCCGUCCCCUUUGGUGGGUUCUUCAGCUGUACAGCUGGGAACCCCUUGGUAAAUGCUGCCUUAUCUGGAGACCAUCAGAAAAAGUGUCCUGGGGGCUUCAGCCAGCACUUGGCACUCAUCACUGAUGGAUGCCAAGUGUCCUACUGUGUCAAGGCUGGGGCAUUUACAGGGUGGUCCCUGCCCUCAGCCAGGCUCCCACCUUUCACCAGGCCCCCCAUCAUGAGCCAGGCUGCCACCAACACUGUCAUCGUGACCAACAGUGAGGGUUCUAGCUCUUGGAUUAGAGAUUCCCGAACUCACCGCUGGAGGCUAGGAGAGCCCCAGGAGCUGCGCAGAACCAUGAGAAUCAUGAACGGAGAAAAUGGUGGCCUGUCUGGAGGGGCAGCAGUUGGGGUCUCAGUGGCCGUCACCAGCCUCUUGGCAGGGCUUGUCCUUUUGGCUUUCUAUGGCAUUCGGAAGUACAAGAGUAAAGGAUACCAGCCAAUAGAUGGAGAGCAGAAGAAUGUGUUUGUAGAGACCGGAACUGGAAACAUCCCUGAGCUACAGCCCCAGAGAUUCCCAGCUUAAAUCUCUCCUGGAUGCCCAGGUUCUGUCAUCUCUGACCAUAGCUUCAAACACCUCUUUCUUCCCUCCCCUCUCCACUUCUGCCUUCCCAAAUGCAAGGAAGUAUCUCAUCUGACAAAGUCAGGUAUAACUUUGAGACUUCUUGUUUAGAUCCCGGAGCCAAGAAAUUACAGGAGUACCAUGGAGUACAAGGUAGGCAGUCAGGAGACUGAGCAACUGUGACUCGUGGUGCACUAAGGCUGAAAGGGUUGUCUUUUCUCACUAUGUGCCGUUGUCCUCACUUGGGGCAUGUGUGUGGAAAGGAGGCAGGGUGCAGACAGCUGAAUCUGGAAAUCGUGCCUUUGGUCUGAAGUGCACAGUAGUUUCUCACUUGUCAGCUGUCAGAAUUUCUGCCUUUAGGCACCACGUGUCUUGUAUUAUGCUUUAAAAGCUGUUUGUACUUUAUGCUCCUAAACUGGUAUAAAGAUACAGGAAGUCCCGUGUGGUUGCUGCCUUUUGGUCUUGAAGGUCCAUGCUGAUCGCCUGGGUUGGGCCUCAGCUUUGGGGAAGAUGUUCGUUAUCAAUUCCAUUCUAUCCCUUUACCCCACAGUUAGGACUUACUGCAACCAGGCAAAUCUGGGACUUCUGAUGAGUGUCAACAAGCCCUCAGGAAAUAUCUUAACUUCUAAGCUUCUAUUAGGAGGUCAAGAGCAAAGGGAGAAGUGGAGUAAAUGUAAAAUUUGGAAGAUUGAGGUGCUAACUCCUUUUACCUUACCUCAGCACAAAGCAGGCACCGACAGGAUAGGCCAGCCAUUCUGGUUCUGUGUUCUGUGUUACCACAGAGAAGCCCUUCUACCUGCAGGCACAGCCCUCACCUCUUCUGCUUUUCAUUGCUCAUGGGGGUGUCUGAGAAGCUCACAUGUGCAUACACCUGGAUGCCAGCCACAAACUUAGAUUUUCCCAGGGGCAAAAAAAGUGAGAAGUCCAAAAAGUCUAGUCCUCAGACAAGCCCAUAUUUAAGUAUUACUUCCUCCCUAAAACCAAAACUGUGCCAAAAGCACCAACAGCACUCCCUCCCCCUACUGCCCCUUACCGCACCUCUCACAGAAAAAUCCAGGUCUCUGAAUGGAAGGAGGCAUCCGGAACAGCUGCAGAUAUCUGCGUCCCAGGUCAGUUGGGGCAUCUGGCAGGAUGCUUGGCGGUCAGCACUUGGGCUCUGCUCCAUUUUAUUACCAGUCACAUCUCACUGGAAUCUCCUCCGCCACAUUUUUAAAAAGUAGCAUUUAUUUAUCCAAUCAAACGUCACUAGUGAGCUGGAAGAGUAGUCUGUCUCCUUCAUUCAUAUGCACACUCAAGAUCAUGGCUCACUGGGAGCAGCUCUUCUGGAGGGGCUAAAGCUGCCCAGUUUGUGGGGAGAUGGGACGGGGGAGAGGGGUAACAGCCCACAUUCAUUUCAGCAGAGACACGAGACAGAGGCCUCUCUCAAGUGUCCAGCCAAGGAUACUGAUUUCUUCUGUAUUUCACCCUCCCCCUAUGUAUUAACUCUUCUAAAGGUCUGUGUAUUUUGUGGCUUCUGGGUGUUCCGUAGGUCUCAGCAAAUCUAACCACAUUUCUACCAAAGACUGAUUCAAUUCUUGAAUAGGACUAUGGAAUCAAACAGGCAAAGUAAAGCCAAAGGUUCCCAGACUUUUAAUGCAUUCACUCACUGCCCAAGGAAAUGAAGUUUUUCACUGGUUUCUAUUUGUAAUAAUAAAACUGCACAUAAAUAUGCAUUAAAAUAUGCACCAAGGAA